AUGUCACUGAAAGAAUCCAAAAUUGAAAAAAAACCAAGCAAAACGCUAUCCCAGAAGUCCCAUUUUUCUCAACGCUCUCAAAGGUUGCCUUUACAAGAAUCCCAUAAUACUAUUGCUGAAGCCAGUGGUGACGAUAUUGACAAACCUUCAAUACAAAUGCAUUCGUCUGAUACAUAUUUAUUACCGCAAUCGUUGAACUCUGAAAAAGUUCUAGUCGACACAGGUCAUUCUUGUAACAUUAAGUCUUCGCACGAAAUGGAAACUCAAGUAUUUAUGGAACCUAAGCCGUCUAGGAAUCCGACUGUGGCAAUCACACAAAACUCCAAUCUGAAAUCGUGCCAGGUCCGAAUGCAACUACCCAAUGUCCGUAAUACGACUUCCCAGUCGACUCUUGUCGAGAGUUUGUACCAACCAUUUUUGUUUGAAGUGGGUACAAUGUCAUCUAUCAAUAAGCAAAAAUCGAUAGGUAUUGUCACAACGGAAUCGGAUAGACAGUUGCAGAACAAAUCUGUAAUGAAUGCAGAUCUGACUCCUCAAAUCGCCACGGCUGCCACCAGCACAGGGUUGCUGACCAGAACGAAGUCAACAGGCGGAUCUGCCAUCGGAUUCAGGAAUAUAACUUUAGACGCCUACGCUCAGUAUUCUUGUUAUCAUCAUGUUGCAGCGAACUGUAAAGGCGUACAAACAGACAGAGAAAUCAAAUCAACAGCGGUGAUCACGUCGUGCAUACCCGUUGACAAGGGAACUGAGCCUGGCUUGAUUGAUGAUACAAUUGAUGGCACGAAUAUGUGUAUUGUAGUUGAUGACACAAGUAUGUGUAUUGUAGUUGAUGACACAAGUAUGUGUAUAGUAGUUGAUGACACGAGUAUGUGUAUAGUAGUUGAUGACACGAGUAUGUGUAUUGUAGUUCAUGACACAACCCUGAGGAAAUGCAAUCACUUCCGCUCAUCACAAAACACGCUGCAGUCUACAUCGAUUGCCGUGCAGUGUUCCAGAUAUUCCCACAUUCCCCUGACAAAGGCUCCUUCCAGAACUGGCUUGGUUUUAAAGGAUGACCAACUAGCUAAUCUGGCUCGUAUGAUAGCGCAAUCGUCACGAGAAAGUUCUAGAUAUAAUCAAGUAUCCAGUGCUUCGGCCUUGAACGACGAUGAUGAUAAGUGGAUGAAGCGGUUCAGUGAUGACAAAAGAGCUCUUUCCGAAGACGCUGCAUUGACGAAAUUGAAACUGAUUUCGCGGUCAUGCAAGAAGAAGACUAAAUCCGCAGGCAUCAGAGGCAAAGACUUAUUAAAACAAGACGCACCACCGCCGUAUGAAAAUCUUUCCAAAGACAGUUUAGCCGAUGUGUUUCCUAAUAAAGAUGAGAGCAAGGAGAUUGCAGUUCAUCACAUGCAUUUAGAGACUCCUGUUAUGGUCGAUAAAGUGACAUCAGAUUUGAUGUCAAAGGAUUUAAAAGAAUCGAUACUCCAAACUAGUCCAGAGUACAGGGACGCAGAUUGCGUAUUAGUGUGUGACCUUCCACCUUGUACUGUGACUAAUUUGGGGCACGAUAUUUCUGUUCAGAAAUUGUGUCGUGAAGAUAAUGUUUACAAGUCUCUAUAUAAAAUGGCUCAAAUAAACACGAACCCGAUGACUGAUGAUGGAACGGACCCAUAUGGUUUAAUUUCGCCACCAACCAAAGACGUUAUCACGCGAGACGAACGGCCAGCGAACGUUAUCAGGGAUGACCGGUCGGUAUCAACUAUGACCGCCGCUACCUACGAUGUGCCUAAGUAUCAUUCGUCAUUUGAAACCAUCCAAGUUCCAGCGGACCUCAUCCAGACGUCUGUCUCCAAGAAUUACCACGCAAGAGUGCUGCAUCUACCCAGCUAUUAUGAUCAAGUGACAGAUGAUGAUCAAAUCAAAAAGCCGAUAAUGGGAUCCUGCCGGUAUUACAGCCACUUGUUGACCAAGCAAUUGGGUCGUAUGAAGGAAAAUUUAAAACAUUUAAAACACGCCGAAGACAGUAUGUAUCGCGUGUCAAACGUUCGCUGCAAGCCUGCUUGUACCGCCUGCACCAUGAUUCCCAGUGGAAGAGUCGAGCUUUGCUGUCAAACUACGAGAAAACAAAAACUUACCCCUCUCUCUAGAUGCGUUAUGGCGCCUAGUGUAAUUAGCAUAGCCGAAGGGCAAGAUAAAAAUCAUUUAAAGUCUAUUUACUAUAUGCUUACGGCGAUUGAGGGUAGAAUUAGAAGGCUGAGGCACCGCAUUCCUAAUUAGUUCGGUCAAAUU